GGAAGGCGCUUGUCGCUGGCGCGAUCGUCCGAGGCGUUGCGCUCGAGGCUGCAAGCUGGUUGGUGGGCCGAUCUGCGGCCGGAGCUGCAGCUUCCUCCACGUGCUUGCGGCGGCGACAUGGAGCUGGAAGAGUCGGGCAUCCGAGAGGAAUGUGGCGUGUUCGGGUGCAUCGCCUCGGGAGAGUGGCCCACGCAGCUGGAUGUUCCGCAUGUGAUCACCCUGGGGCUCGUGGGGCUGCAGCACCGAGGCCAGGAGAGCGCUGGCAUCGUGACCAGUGAUGGUAGUUCAGUGCCAACAUUCAAAACACAUAAGGGAAUGGGCCUUGUAAAUCAUGUCUUCACUGAAGACAAUUUGAAGAAAUUAUAUGUUUCGAAUCUUGGAAUUGGACACACGAGGUACGCCACUACAGGAAAGUCUGAAUUAGAAAACUGUCAGCCCUUUGUGGUUGAAACUCUUCAUGGGAAAAUAGCUGUGGCGCAUAACGGUGAAUUGGUAAAUGCUGCUCGAUUAAGGAAAAAGCUUCUGCGUCAUGGUGUUGGCCUGUCCACAAGCUCCGAUAGCGAAAUGAUUACCCAGUUACUGGCGUACACCCCUCCCCUGGAACAAGAUGACACCCCGGACUGGGUAGCCAGGAUUAAAAACUUGAUGAAAGAAGCGCCCACAGCAUACUCGCUGCUUAUAAUGCACAGAGACGUGAUCUACGCAGUCCGAGACCCGUAUGGAAACCGUCCUCUGUGCAUCGGUCGUCUCAUCCCAGUGUCUGACAUCAAUGAUAAAGGGAAAAGGGCAUCAGAAACGGAAGGAUGGGUCGUGUCUUCAGAAUCUUGUAGCUUUUUAUCGAUUGGUGCAAGGUAUUACCGUGAAGUCUUGCCUGGGGAAAUUGUGGAAAUAUCCAGACAUAACGUUCGAACUCUGGAUAUAAUCCCAACAUCUGAAAGCAACCCAGUGGCUUUUUGUAUCUUUGAGUAUGUGUAUUUUGCAAGACCAGACAGCAUGUUUGAAAACCAGAUGGUUUAUACGGUCAGAUACCGUUGUGGUCAGCAGCUGGCAAUUGAAGCUCCUGUGGAUGCAGAUCUGGUCAGCACUGUUCCCGAAUCUGCUACUCCUGCUGCCCUUGGCUACGCAGCAAAGUGUGGGCUGCCCUACGUGGAGGUGCUGUGCAAGAACCGCUACGUGGGAAGAACCUUCAUACAACCCAACAUGAGGUUGAGACAGCUGGGCGUGGCCAAAAAGUUUGGAGUGCUGUCGGACAAUUUUAAAGGAAAAAGAAUCGUUCUUGUAGAUGAUUCUAUUGUGAGAGGCAACACCAUCUCACCCAUAAUAAAGUUGCUCAAAGAAUCGGGUGCAAAAGAGGUACACAUUCGAGUGGCUUCUCCACCAAUUAGAUACCCUUGUUUCAUGGGAAUAAACAUUCCCACAAAAGAGGAGCUUAUUGCCAAUAAGCCAGAAUUUGAUUGUCUUGCAGAAUAUCUUGGAGCCAACAGUGUUGUGUAUCUCUCAGUAGAAGGACUCGUCUCAUCUGUACGAGAAAAGCUAAAAUUUCAAAAGCAGGAAGUGAAAAAUCAUGAAGUGAUUCAGGAAAAUGGAAUUGGUCCAGAAAACUUUGAAAGGAACGGCCAUUGCACGGCUUGCCUCACUGGCCAGUACCCUGUGGAACUGGAUUGGUAGCUGGUCCGGGACAGGCGCAUGGCUUCGACGUACAAAGCUGGGCCAGAAGUGGCAGUGGUGACACAUUUCCUGUUUACUGUUCCUCAGUUGGUACAAUACAAAAUGCCACCUACUCGUGGGCCGGUACGGGUCCUGAAGAUGAUCCGAGUGCUAUAAUUGAACCUUGCCGGCAGCAUGUCAUGCAGGGGUGUCUUUCGGCUUGUUAUUGUUGCUGUUGUAGCAGUGUGUGUCCCUCCGCACCCAGCAGAGGAGGCAUCUCCCAGGUCCGUGUUUCAGAGGCUCUGCGAGACGUUUGCCUGAGCGGGAGCAUGGUGCAGAUGGGACAGGUGAGUUACACAUGAGAGCUCAUGCAGAGCUUCAGGGCGUAGACCCCGACGAAGGCUGGCCUCCAUUGUCCUGGCUGUGGCUUAUGCAUGUGGCGUCCCUGCCUAACCUUAAACAGAUAAAAAGCAACAGCAACAACAACAACAAAAAAAAUCUUUCUGUGCCUCAGUUUCCCCACGUAUGUGUUGGGGUGUUUUUAUUGUUAAACAAUUAUUAGGACUGUGAAUAACUCAUAGGCUUGGUGAUUCAAGCCCACAUCUCAUCCCCAAGAUUUAAGAGAUUAUGUGAAUAUUGGCUUUUGGAAGGUAAUGGUCGUGAGCUUUUUGGAAAUCAGUUUGUAAUGAAGGUUUCCUGAAGGUGGAGUCCAAGUACAGUUAGGCAAGUCUUUGCCAUCUAUAUUUGGGGUGCUGAGAAUGGUGGUAAAAAAAAAAAUCUGUCUACGGUAGAGGUUUCCCUACAUCCAACUAGAAGCUGUCAUCUGAAAUAUUUAGUGCCCUGAUGGGAUAAGCCACCAAGGAACUCAGUAUAUUGGAAAUGAAGACACAUGUUCCAGCAAGCCCUUUCUUCCUAAUUUUCCCUGAUUAUCAUCUUUUUGAAUAAAGUGUUUCAUCACAUAUAAGCAUAUAUACAUAGAUUUAUCUGUAUCUAUCUAUACACACACACAUACAUCACACAUACAAUUGCAAUUAAUGAUCAGGUAAAAAUAUACCAGGGACCAAGUAUGUUUAAUAAUCAAAGAGACAUACUUUUUUGAAAUUUGAGUGCCCAUGUCUAAGCAUCAACUUAUAAUCACUCUUUUCUACUUAGUAAGGAUCUAGUGAUUUUCUUUCUAAGCUUUUUCUGAGAUUCAGAUUAAGAUGACUUGCCUAUCAACCCUGCUUCUUGGUGACUGGAGCCAACCUCUCAUCCCUAAAUUUUAAGAUAGUAUGUGAUUGUUAGCUUUUUCAAAGCUCCAGCUUUUUUGAAAAUUUUCUUUCUUUCUUUUUUUUUUUUAACAUGCAUCUGUCUGUUUCUGUUGCAUUGCCACAGUCUGAUGUAUAUAGUAUUCAGAUCCACUUAGAAAUGCUGUAUUUAUUCAAGGCUGCAAUUGCUCGUCUUCAUUUGGUCUGUUGUCUGGUGUCUGACAGUGACUCUGGGGCUGUAAUGCCAGUUGGAGCAGGCAGAGUGACCCCCAUAGCCCUGGGACCACGCAAGGGGACAUGGCCUGUCAUCUGUGUUUUCAGUGGCCACGCCAGGGGUGUGGCCAUCAUCUGUGAGCUCCCCAUUGACCUGUGCCUCACUUGUGACCUGGCCAUUCUUAUCUGCAAUCCUUACAGAAACCGAGACACUCAGGGAGAGUACCACACCACAAUCUCUGAUUGACAUUCAUGCUCUUGGGAGCUUGUUUCAUCAAGAUGUUUUUAUAAAGGGAAAUAAUACUGUGACAGGUUACGAAUUCUACAGAUUCUGUAGUAUUUCUCCAACGUGGACUUUAAUUUCACAAAUGUCUGACAUCUGAGCUAAACUGCAGGUUUUUUUUUUAACUAGUAUAGUUUCAUAUAUUGUUUAACUGCUUUAAAUUUAUAUGAAGAUUGUAAACUGCAAAAGUAAAGAAUGUGUUUUCACAGGAUUUAUUUGUGAAUUAAACUAAGCCUACUUUGUGACCUCUUUGUGAUACCUUGGUGACAAGUAUCUGUAUAAUAAAUGUGUUUGAUUAUA